GGUUCGCUCGCCCAGUCGACUGUCGCAUCGAAGGCAGAGAGAAGUGUGUGUUGUCCUUCGGGUCGAGAGGAAGGCAUCAUGGCGGCUGGCUGUUGGGCUCUGGCGCGGAUUUUGGGCUUCGUGGCCGCAAUGCUGACAUCAGGAAGUGCAGAAGCCUUCUCGAAAAUUCCGUUGACUGAACUGCAACACCUGAGCAAUGCCCUGCAAACGACCGACAGCCCCGGCAACACCACUGCAACGGCAACUUUCAAUACCCAUGACAUAACGCUCGUUGCCAAGAACCACGAGAAUGCGACCGUGACUUUGUUUUUGAGCGGCGAUCUGGAGGCAUGCGUGAACUUCACCUUCACUUACGACCCCAACGACCCGACCAUCGAGCCCCUGGACGACUUCACGCUCUGCCCACACGACGGAGGCUCAGAAGGAGAGGCGAGGUCGUGGAGGGAGGACGCCGUCGCUCCGUCUCAGAACCCGUUGCCUCAGAACCUCUCGCUCGAGGUCGUUAGUCGUCGCGUUGGCAAGACGGUCCUCGGGGUGAAGGCCGACCCGGCGGUGGUCGAUGUGACAGACGCGUUCGUACGAGUGGCUGUGAUCCAUGACCCCGUCUUAAACGUGAUAAGUGACGUGUUCGGUUGGACUUACUCCAUCAUCUGGGAUAUCUCUUUCUUGCCUCAAGUGUGGCUGAAUUGGAACAGAAAAAGAAAUCAUAUAAUAUUUUCCAUCUCUCGACAGCGUGGUGGGUUUCAGCUGGACAAUGUGACUCUCAACAUCCUGGCUUACCUGUGUUAUUCGCUCUUCAAUGUCGCCUUCUUUGCUGUGCCCUACAUACAGAACCAAUUCCACGCCAGGUACCCGAGGCAAGUCAACCACGUAAGACCCAACGAUGUCUUCUUUGCCACUUACGCGCUGUUCAUCGAGGUCGUCUUGGGUAUCCAGUGCUGCAUCUAUUAUAGAGAACCCGGCCAGGUGGUCUCGAAGACUUGUUGGGUCCUAGUAGCGGGGUCUCUCCUCUCCAUUGUUGUGGCCUGUGUUCUCGCUGCAGAAAACAUCAUAUGGUGGCUUGAUGUUUUCUACCUCAUGUCUUACCUGAAGCUGGGUAUCACGCCGUUGAAAUACAUUCCUCAGCUGUAUGUGAAUUACCGCCACAAAAGCACUGCUGGAUUUAGUAUGGUGGGGCUGCUCAUGGACUUCACUGGAGGCGUCCUGUCCCUGGCUCAGAUGUUCAUGCUGUCAGCGAACAAUGAUGAUUGGAUCUCCGUCUUCAACAACUUCAGCAAGUUCGGCCUCGGAGUCAUAACAAUUAUCUUCGACUUAAUGUUCUUCUUCCAACACUAUUAUUUCCAUCUCCGUAAACCUUCUCUACUUCUUUGAAAAUGUUGUAACAAAUAGUUAUUUCAGUUGUAGUUUGUCGUUUUUUUUUCACUUAAUGUUGUUACAUCUACAAUACCAGUCAGCUAGAGCGAUAAAUCUUCCCAAAGUUAGAUUUAUUUUGGCGGCUCAAAGAUGGUCAAAUAUGCUUGCCGGUGCUUGAUUUUUUGUGUGUGUGUGUGUGUGUGUGUGUGUGUGUGUGUGUGAGAGAGAGAGAGAGAGAGAGAGAGAGGAGAGAGAGAGAGAGAGAGAGAGAGAGAGAGAGAGAGAGAGAGAGAGAGAGAGAGAGAGAGAGAGAGAGAGAGAGCACGUCCUCUCCCCAUAUAUUUUUAGACUGCAAAUUCUAGACUUAUCCUAUCAUUACGGUCAUGCCUGUAUUACCCGUGCCAAAAAAAAAAAAAAAUAGUUUAAAGGCAACCAGCUUGCGAGACUGACCAUGACUCGAUUCAAUAUUGCAUUGCCAUCUAUUUCAGUCAUUACCGUUUAUCCUAUCAGCACUUACCAUUUACGCUGAACAUUUUCCAUCAUCAUUUUACAUCAUUACCAUUGUUACUAACUGACAGUACGUGUAUCUACUAGUUUUAGAUAUGUUAGAAUUGUUUGGAGUGAUUUGUUUUUUAUAGUGUAUUUUAUAUAUGGUACUGUCUCUUUAAUUUGUAUAUGAUAAACGUAUUAAAGAUAAAACUACUC